AGUUCCGCCAUGCGCCGGGCGCUGCCGCUCUGCGGGCUGCUCGGGAGCGGCGCGGCGGGGCGGCCUCCCCGGCUGUCGGCGUUCGGAGGGCGGCGCGGCGGCCCGGCGGCGGCCGUGGGGAGCGGCGGGAAGCUGAACGUACUGCCAUCCUUUGGGUUUCUUUUCGACAUUGACGGUGUGCUGGUACGAGGAAAGACUCCAAUACCUGCUGCAAAAACAGCCUUUCAGAAGCUGGUGAACUCUCAGGGCCAGUUCUUGGUGCCUGUAGUGUUUGUCACCAAUGCAGGGGAUUGCCUUCGCCAGAAAAAAGCAGAUCAGUUGUCCCAUGUACUGGGAGUUCCAGUUUCCCAAGACCAAGUGAUGAUGUCCCACAGCCCCCUGCGGAUGUUCAAACGUUAUCAUCCAAAAUGUGUUCUCGUAUCUGGACAAGGACCACUUCUUGAUAUUGCUCAGGACCUUGGGUUCAGCCAGCCUGUCACCAUUGAGAUGCUGCGGGAGAAGUACCCUUUGCUAGAUGUCGUUGACCAUGACAGAGCGCCUGGCAUUCUGUACCCCUCUGCUGUGGAGCUUCCCAAGAUUGAGGCUGUUGUUUUGUUUGGGGAGCCUGUCAGAUGGGAAACCAACCUUCAGCUGAUAAUAGAUGUUUUGCUGACAAGUGGCUAUCCUGGAAAUCCGUAUCACCAUGAAAAUUACCCUCACAUACCUGUACUUGCUUGUAAUAUGGAUCUCAUGUGGGUAGCUGAAGCACAAUCUCCAAGGUUUGGCCAUGGGACAUUCAUGGUUUGUUUGGAAAACAUUUACAAGAAGAUUACUGGCAAAGAUCUGAAAUACGAGGCCUUAAUGGGCAAGCCUAGUGAAUUGACCUAUCAGUAUGCAGAUUACCUUAUCAGGGCUCAAGCAGCAGAAAGGCAAUGGAAGCAACCCAUUCGAACUCUUUAUGCUGUUGGAGAUAAUCUCAUGACAGAUGUCUAUGGUGCUAACCUUUACAAUCGCUAUCUUGAAGAGAAGAAUUCCAGAAAAGGCUCAAAAACAUGGAUUCAGGCCAAAGUUGCUGGAGGCAGACGGUCUGAAGCUCUCUCUCAGGAUGAUGAAAUAGACAACAGCUGGGAGAAUGAACUGGCAUCCUCUGCUGCUACCCACUGUAGGUCUGUUCUUGUUUGUACUGGGGUUUAUAACCCUCACACAGAGGUAUCCUUGGAUACCAAGGAGAGCAGAACUGAAAUGGUAUUCCAUGGCCACAGAGAUUUUAGGUUUGAUCCUGGUUUAGUAGAACCAGACCAUGUGGUACCAGAUGUUAAUGCUGCUGUAGACCUGAUCUUCCAGUUGGAGAACUUUACUCCUAAUUGAGAUGACAUGAUUUCUUCAGGACUGUUCAGUGUUAUGCUUUUCUUCCCCUAAACUGUGCUUUAAAAUCACGCCACAAACUGCUUUUAAUUUUUUUUUUUUACUUUUUAAUUUAUGUAAUAUUAUAUGAACAUGAAAGUAGAUUAAUGUGCUUAAUAUGCUUACUGUUAAAUUAAAAAUCUGUUUAAAAUACUUAAUUUAAGAUUAUAUAACUAUAAAUAAUACUUUUAAAGUAUUUCAAACUGUAAUUUCUUGCUUUAGCUGUCCUUUAUUUGCAUCUUAUUCAUUAUUUUAGGUAUUCCAAUAGUAAUUUUUCAUAAUUGCUUAUGCUUUAUUGGUACUUAAAUUCCUAUGUGACCAUUCAUUCUUUCCUUUCUUAAAAGAUUUACCUUCAAGUUAUUGAAGUCUAUUGAAAUCUAUUGAAAUCUUCAAUAACUUGAAUGUCUUUAACUGGGUUGUUCAUACAAUUACAAGUUGAUAUAGAGCACGGUAGGUAUUCUGCAAAUAACAAGCACUCUUUCAAAUAUGUUGCUUCACAUAAGAGUUGAAUUUGAGUAUGUUUUGUCUCUGUACUCACUCAGAUGUAACCAUGCAGCCUUUCUUUCUAUCUCUUUUCCAAUUUUUCCAAUGUAUCUGGACCUGCAUUGCUGCUAUGCUCUGACACGUAAAGCCUUAAAAGAAAUGUCAAUAUAAGCUGAUGAAGGCUGAGUUGUUAACACAAAUUUUGGAACUCCUGCUAACUGAACAGUCAUAAAGGGAAAGCAGCUAAUAGUGACUGUUCUGUUUCGUUGUUGCCUUUUUAUUUGCACUUCUGUGGGGAAUUUUGGAAAGCUUUAGAAGUUGUUUUGGGCAUUUCAGCUGGACUUCUCACUGAAUGAGUGACUGCUAUUUGGGCAGAAAGUGCCUACUAGUUUACUUGAAGCUUUGUACCACUGUGGUAGCUGACUGUCCAUGAGUGUAAUAUGUUUUGUCUUGUGUCUAUGUGUUUGGUUCAUGGAUUUUUAUAACUGUUCCUUUUAAAAAAAACCCUUAUUUUUAUAAAAUACUUCUAACCGUUUUAACCCAAAAGAUGUAUUUGAAAAUGUCUUCUGUGUUGGUUAUAACACAGUGAGACAACACUUGUGAGAUAAGCUGUGUCUGUGCUUUAUUGCUUGGAAAACGUAAGUCAAUUAAAUGCUUAAAAAUGAAGUCAACUUACAGGGAAGUAUCAUGUAAAUUCACCUUAGGACUGGUGAGGUGUGGGAUCUGUUUUGUUUCACAAAUAAGAAAUUGUACCAACAAAUCUGAGAGUCUUCCAUUUUAUGGAGUUUCUGCAGAAGUAGCGGAAUGCUGCCUUACAUUCACAGCUGGUGGCGUAAGGAGAAAUGACUUCCUGGCCAACUUCUACGCUGCUUAUUAUCCUGAAAUCAAAAUCUGAGUACUCUUCAUGUCAUGAGGAGAACAACAUUGCUACCAUUAAGACAGGCUUUUGUUGUGUUUUCUGUUUGCAUACCACUCCAGUCACUUCCACUACUGUCAGGAUUGUUGACUAAUUCACUCGUGUUUCGUGAGUAGCUUUCAACAUACCUUGCUGGAUGCAGGGUUCUAAGUUUAAGGAUGCUGUUCCAAAUACUGUAUUUUAUUGUUAUUCACUGGGAAACUAUUACAGCAGUCCAUCCUUACCUUUCUUACCGUUACAGUGAGUGAAUGUGUCUGUUUCUUCAUCUCUUUUCUGUAAUACACCAACUACUUAUGAAGCAUGGCAAAGAAUGUUGAUAAGGUUUUGUAAGAUGUCAGGAUAACUGAAGUUGUGUUGUUUCAGUAUUGAAGCACGUUGCUGAAUUCUUUCUUACUGGAAACUGUUUCAGACCUUCAGUGAAGCAAGGAAUAAAAAUGCAGAAGUUGA